UGCAGGGACUCCGCGGAGCGCUCAUGUCCCAGCAGUGCACUUCACCACCGCCCAGAGACCAUCUACUCAAGAGCCGGGGAUAAUAGCGUUGGAUGAGGCAGGCGGACCGGAGGCGGAAAGCCCGGAGUGACCUGAGGAAUACAGUAUUACUACAGGACUGCAGGCUGCCGCACUCCUCUCUGAACGUGGACAAUCAUGCAUGUGCUCUUCUGGGGCUUGGGGUUGCUACUAUUCCCUGAUUUUUUGAAUGUAGUCGCAUCUACGGGGAGAUUACUUUUGAAUUCAAGUACAGUAAAAGAGGAGGUGGGCGCCUAUGAGAUUGUAACACCGCUGCGAGUGAAUGAAGCCGGUGACAAGUUUCCAACCAGCGUGCACUUCAAGAGAAAAAGACGAAGUCUGGACGAGAGCACCGGCAACAGCACGGAUCACUGGGCCUCGCCAAACAUCCACUACAGGAUAUCUGCUUUCGGACAGAGCUAUCACCUCAACCUCACGCUGGACUCGGGAUUUAUUGCACCUUUCUACACUGUGACAAUACUCGGAGUACCCCGAGGGGACAACAUAACGGAUUUUGCAACAGAUGGGGAGGUGGAGGAGGAGGAGAACACGGAGUUAAGGCACUGCUUCUAUAAAGGACAUGUCAAUGCACAAGCAGAGCACGCCGCGGUCAUCAGCUUGUGCUCCGGACUGCUUGGCACUUUCAGGUCUCCAGAAGGGGAGUAUUUUGUGGAGCCCCUACACAGCUAUCAAGGAGAACACUAUGAAGAGGAACACACAAAACCUCAUAUUGUUUACAAGAAGAGUGUACCCAAAAAACAGACAUCUGGGGAGAACUCAGCUUGUGACAUUUCAGGACACAAACACAGACAAAAGAGGCACAAGCUGAAGCGAAGGCCAGCGGCUGAGGUGAACACUGUGUCCGAAGCAGCCCCAGUGGUCAGCGGCGGUAUAUUCGGUGAUGUGGAGUCGUUGACUUCCAGCCUGAUCGGCGAUGCUUUACUCAGAUCAGAGAGCAGCAGCAGUGCCAGCGCUAGACCAUCAAAUGAUAGCAGCGGUGACUCAGGACCUCACAGGAGAUCAAAACGCUUCCUCUCCUACCCGCGCUUUGUUGAAGUAAUGCUGGUGGCUGACAGCAAAAUGGUGGAGCAUCAUGGCAGCAACUUGCAGCACUACAUGCUCACAUUAAUGUCCAUAGUGUCUUCCAUCUACAAGGACCCCAGCAUUGGCAACCUGAUUAACAUUGUGAUUGUAAAAUUAGUCAUAAUAAACAAUGAGCCGGAGGGUCCAGUCAUUUCAUUUAAUGCACAGACCACUUUAAAGAACUUCUGCAUUUGGCAGCAGAGUCAGAACAUCCUGGAUGACAACCACCAUUCCCAUCACGACACAGCCAUCCUCAUCACCAGGCAGGACAUCUGCAGAGCAAGGGACAAGUGUGACACCUUAGGACUUGCCGAGUUGGGCACAGUGUGUGAUCCAUACAGGAGCUGCAGCAUCAGCGAGGACAACGGACUCAGCACUGCGUUCACCAUCGCCCAUGAACUUGGCCACGUGUUCAACAUGCCUCAUGACGACAGUAACAAGUGCAAGGAGGAUGGGGUUAAGAUUCAGCAACACGUGAUGGCGCCCACGCUGAACUACAAUACAAACCCUUGGAUGUGGUCCAAGUGUAGCAGGAAGUACAUCACAGAGUUCCUCGACACAGGAUAUGGGGAAUGCUUGCUUGACGAGCCUGUUUCUAGGCCGUACAGUCUCUCGCAGCAGCUGCCUGGACGGAUAUACAAUGUCAAUAAACAGUGCGAAUUGAUAUUUGGGCCGGGGACGCAGGUGUGCCCUUAUAUGACUCAGUGUCGGAGGUUGUGGUGCACCAGCCCAGAGGGUGCCCAGCAGGGAUGCAGGACCCAACACAUGCCUUGGGCAGAUGGCACAGAUUGCUCCCCCGGAAAGCACUGCAAGCAUGGCCUGUGUAUAGCCAAAGAGCACGAUGCCACACCUGUGGAGGGGGCGUGGGGAGUUUGGAGCCCUUUCGGUACCUGUUCACGGACAUGCGGCGGGGGCAUCAAGAUCGCUGUGCGCGAAUGCAACCGACCUGUGCCCAGGAAUGGAGGAAUGUAUUGUGUUGGUCGCCGGAUGAAGUUUCGUUCCUGCAACUCUGAGCCCUGCUCAAAGCAGAAGAAGGACUUUAGGGAGGAGCAAUGUGCUGCCUUUGACGGCAGGCACUUCAACAUCAACGGUCUACCUCCAAACGUUCGCUGGGUGCCCAAGUACAGCGGAAUCUUGAUGAAGGACAGGUGUAAGCUGUUCUGCAGGGUGGCAGGCAGCACGGCAUACUAUCAGCUCAGGGACCGGGUUAUUGAUGGCACGCCGUGUGGACCUGAUACCAACGACAUCUGUGUCCAGGGCCUGUGCAGGCAAGCGGGCUGUGACCAUGUAUUGAACUCUAAAGCCAGGAGGGACAAAUGUGGUGUGUGUGGAGGUGACAACUCAUCCUGCAAAACUGUGGCAGGCACCUUCAACAUUGUCCGCUAUGGCUAUAAUGAAGUAGUGCGAAUACCCAGUGGUGCUACAAAUAUAGAUGUGCGUCAACACAGCUACUCAGGGAAACCAGAUGAUGACAACUACCUCGCUAUAUCAACUAGCCGUGGAGAAUUCCUGCUUAAUGGAGAGUUUGUGGUCAGCAUGUUCAAAAGGGAAAUUAAAGUGGGAAAUGCCGUCAUCGAAUACAGUGGCUCUGACCAUGUCAUUGAGAGGAUCAACUGCACUGAACGUAUUGAAGAGGAGAUCAUUGUCCAGGUGCUGUCUGUGGGGAAUCUCUACAACCCAGAUGUCAGGUACUCCUUCAACAUCCCUAUAGAGGACAAACCUCAGCAGUUCUUCUGGGAUGCCUAUGGGCCCUGGCAGGAGUGCAGCCGCCUGUGCCAAGGAGAGCGGAAGAGGAAGAUUCUCUGUAGCAGAGAGUCAGACAGGGUGGUGGUGUCUGACCAGAGGUGUCACGGUACAGCCAGACCUGCCAUCAUCACUGAGCCCUGCAAUACUGAAUGUGAACUCAGGUGGCACGUGGCCCGUAAGAGUGAGUGCACAGCUCAGUGCGGUGUUGGAUAUCGUACCCUGGAAAUAUACUGUGCCAAAAUCAGCCGUACAGAUGGAAAGACCCAGAAAGUUGAUGACCGCUACUGUAGUGGUCUGCGCAAACCUGACGACAAGGAAGGUUGCCACGGGGACUGUAACCCGGGUGGCUGGGAGUACUCGCCUUGGUCAGAGUGCUCCAAGAGCUGUGGUGGGGGCACCCGCCGUCGAGGGGCAGUGUGUCGAAAGGCAGCUGAGGCCGGUGGUGAUGAGAGUAAAUGCAGUCAAAGGGACAAGCUGACCGUCCAACCCUGCAAUGAAUUCCUCUGUCCACAAUGGAAGACUGGUGACUGGUCUGAGUGCCUUGUGACAUGCGGGAAAGGCUACAAGCACCGUCAGACGUGGUGUCAGUUUGGUGAGGAUCGUCUUGAUGAUCGCUUCUGUGGCUUGUCUAAACCUGAGUCAGUGCAGACGUGCCAGCAGCAGGAGUGCGCCUCUUGGCAGGUUGGACCCUGGGGACAGUGCACUACCUCGUGUGGGCCAGGCUACCAAAUGAGAGCUGUGAAGUGUGUGGUCGGCUCUUAUGGUGCUGUCAUGGACGAUACUGAAUGUAACGCUGCCACCCGACCCACAGACACCCAGGACUGUGAACUGGCUCAGUGUCCCAGCAGCCACCCUGUUCCCCCAGGGACCAAAGUCCCCUCCCAUCAGACCCACAAAACCCAGUGGCGGUUUGGUUCCUGGACUCAGUGUACUGCCAGCUGCGGUAAAGGUACACGGAUGCGCUAUGUGAGCUGCCGUGACAACCAGGGCGGUGUGGCAGAGGAGUCGGCUUGCGCCCACCUACCAAAGCCCCCUGCCAGAGAAGUUUGCUCAGCAGUGGCUUGCGGACAGUGGAAAGUGCUGGAAUGGACAGUGUCCCUCGCUGGUCAGGACAGCACCGCACGCUGGGCCACGUACCCGUUCAACUCUGAGCCUGUCGCUUCCCAUCUAUCCCCGCAUGCAACGCCCCCCUUUGAUUAUCCAAGCACGGUCCAGCCCCUCUCCACUCCCUCCUCAUACCUUUCUGUUCACCUCCUCCUCUCCUCUGACAUCUUACAGUGCUCAGCCUCCUGCGGACGGGGCUUCAAGUCCCGUAAGGUGAGCUGUGUGACCGGGUCAGGCCGCCCGGUCCCCGAGGAGAACUGCCUGCACCUGUCCCCCAAACCCGGCAAGCAGAGGCGCUGCAGAGGAAGACGAUGCCCCAAGUGGAAGACUGGCAACUGGGGAGAGUGCUCUGUGUCCUGUGGAGACGGGCUCCAGCGUCGGGAGGUCGUCUGUCAGCUUGGAGACCGACGCAGUCCUCUGGAAAGCGGCUGCUCUCAGCGCUCCAGACCCACGUCCAGCCAGAGCUGCCGGGCCGCUGACUGUCCCUCCCGGUACCGCUGGAGAGAAGGAGAGUGGCAGCCGUGUAGUAACUCAUGUGGUGUGGGCCACAGACAGCGAGCUUUGCAGUGCGUUGACCACAACCAGCAGGAGGUCCACAAGAUGUACUGUGUGAACCAGAUCAGACCUCCACACAUAGAGAGCUGCAACACCCACGCCUGUGAAUUCAUCUGGAUCACAGGGGACUGGACUGAGUGCUCGGCCAGCUGUGGCCAGGGCUACCGCCAUCGUCUGAUCUCCUGCAGCGAGGUGCAUGUGGAGAAUGACAACUAUGAGUACGGCCAUCAGUCUUUGUCCAACUGCCCUGGGACCCCUCCUGAGAGCUACAUGCCUUGUAAUCUGGACCCGUGCCUGCCGCCACAGGAGUGGAGGGUUGGAAUCUGGGGAGAGUGUUCAGUGAACUGUGGUAAUGGAGUCAUGGAGAGGACGGUGCAGUGCCUGUCAGCAGAUGGUCAGGAAAGCAGUAGGUGUUCUCCAGACGCCAAGCCAGAAGCCAGAGAAGUCUGCAGAAAUCCAAACUGCCGUUUGCCUUCCAGCUGUCAGGAGGUCCAGAACAGGAACGGGCUUCUCCCUGACAGCGAACACUUUCUCAAUUUUCAAGGAAAAUCUCUCAAGGUAUACUGUGCAGGAAUGCAGACAGAGACUCCUCAGGAGUACAUCACCUUGAUGAUGGGAGAAGGGGAGAAUUUUUCCGAGAUCUUUGGCUUCAGGCUGAAUGACCCCACCCAGUGCCCAGCAAAUGGCUCCAGAAGAGCAGACUGCGACUGUCGGAGAGAUUACACCACUGCUGGCAUCACCACCUUCUCCAAAGUUCGCCUGGACAUCAGCAAGAUGAACAUCAUCACUACAGACUGGCAGUUUGCGUUCACCCGUGAAGGCAAGAGAGUUCCAUUCGCCACAGCUGGAGACUGCUACAGCGCCGCCCGUUGUCCACAGGGUCAGUUCAGGAUCAACCUCUCAGGAACAGGUCUGAAGGUGGCUGACGACACCUCGUGGAUCUCACAGGGCAACUACGCAGUGGCUGAUGUGCGGAAAUCACAGGAUGGUAGCAGAGUGUCAGGAAUGUGUGGAGGCUACUGUGGCAAAUGUACACCGUCCUCUGGCUCCAGUCUGCCUGUAACCAUGGAAACCACCUGAUGCUAUCAAACAGCAUCUAUUCUCCUUCAUCUCAGCAGCAGUUCUCUCCAGGUGCUCGUCGUGCCCACAAGUCCCUCCUCUUUGUUGCUGCAGUCCACUCACAGCUCAAACCCGUCCUUCACACGACCUCUGUUACACCCACGUGUGUAUAAUGUAAAUGAAUCAGGUGUAAGUACUGUACAUAGCAGGAUCAAAAUGUCUUAUUUAUUGUACCCUCCAUUUAUUUUUGUAUCAUAAUGUGUAAUUUAACUGUUAGUGAACACAGCACACUUUCCAUUCAGAAGAUUUUGUUUUUAUGUGCCACAAUGUGCUUUCCAUGUUGGAUAUGGAUUUUGCAGUACUGUCGUUACUCCAUAAGUUGUGUUUGAUCCAGUGAUGUCAUCAUUAUAAUGGUCUGCAGUCCUGUUGUUUAUAUGCAGCGAGGUGUCUCUAUCAGUGGGUCUUUUUUCUAUCAUCCUCUGGAGCACAGGUGCUAGAAUCCUGUACAACACUGUGUUGUAUAAGCAGCUCUUUAAAAAGACGUUUUGGUUCAGUGAAGUGUUUUUUUAUUUUUUUUAUUUGUCUCAUUUAGUCAGAUGUUUCCAGUCCACAUGUCCGUCCAGUCUCAACUGUGCUUUUAUUAGCUGUCAUUCCAGCUACGUUGCUCUUACCUCAGUAAACCUCUGCGGUGUUUGUAGCCGAUCACAUUCAAACCCACUGGAUGUGCCCGUCUGCAUCUGUCCAGCUGUUUACUGCAGCUGCAGUCGUGUCAGAUCGGAGAGAGGAGAGCUCAGGCGGGUGAACUGUAGUACAUUCUCAUUAACUGGGCUUUUUUAGGGUCAGCUGUGAUAAUAACACUGCAGGAAAAAGCCAGGUGUGACUUCCAUGACUCCAACACCUGCUACACUCGUAUUGUUAAUGUGACUUCAAGUCGUUUUACAGAAUGUGGAAAAAACCCUCUGGGAAUAAAGUCACUUCAUUUUCUUUUAAGUUAGUAGAAAAUAUUUGGUGAAAUAGUUUGAUACACGAACAGUAUUUCCUCUGAAAUGUGACCCAUACGUCAGAACAAGUGUGUGUUCAGGUGUUUGAAGACAAAUUCAGUGUCGUAGGAAACAACAGACAUAAACAUGUGUGCACGUGUGUGUUUGUACCUUUUCCAGUACAAACACUGACC